CCAUUUCCCUCAAGCCUUCAGCGCGACAGUAGUGGAUCUGCGGCGCUCCCGCGGCGGUGGGUGGCGGAACGGCGGAGGGGAGUGCGGUGGCAGCGGCGGGCGAAGCAGGCAGCGGCAGGGAUGGACGUGACUGGGCCUGAGACCGACUGGCGCAGCAGCACCUUUCGGCAGAAGCUCGUCAGCCAGAUUGAUGAUGCUAUGAGGAAAGCUGGUGUUGCCCAUAAUAAAUCCAGCAAAGACAUGGAGAGUCAUGUGUUUAUGAAGGCCAAAACAAGGGAGGAAUAUCUUUCUCUUGUGGCCAGACUUAUCAUCCAUUUCCGAGAUAUCCACAAUAAGAAAUCUCAAGCCUCAGUCAGUGAUCCAAUGAAUGCCCUGCAGAACCUAACUGGGGGUCCCCCAGCAGGGACACCUGGAAUGGGCAUGGCUUCCCGAGCCCAAGGAGCACCGCUGAGUGGGAUGAGUGGCCUUGGUCCCAUGGGACAACAGAUGAGUCUCCCAGGGCAGCAGCAGCCUCCUGGAACCUCAGGAAUGGCCCCUCAUGGUCUGGCUGGUGUCUCUGCAGCUACUCAGCAGACCCAGCUUCAGCUUCAGCAGAUAGCUCAGCAACAGCAGCAGCAGCAGCAACAAUUCCAGCAGCAGCAGGUGGCUUUGCAGCAGCAGCAAUUCCAGGCCCAGCAGUCAGCCAUGCAACAACAGUUUCAGGUCCAGCAGCAGCAACAGCAGCAGUUGCAAGCUGUCCAGCAGCAGCAGCAGCAACAGCAGCAAUUGCAAGCCGUCCAGCAGCAGCAACAGCACAUGCUAAAACUGCAGAUGCAGCAGCAGCAAAACCAACAGCAGAUACAGCAGCAACAGCAGCAACAGCAACUACAGCGAAUUGCCCAAAUGCAGCAGCUGCAGGCAGCACAGGCUAUGCAGGCACAACAGCAGCAGCAACAGCAGCAGCAGCAACAGCAGCAACAAAUACCACAACAGCAGAUACAGCAGCAGCCACCUCAACAAGUAAUGCAACAGCAGAUACAACAGAUGCAGCAGCAACAACAGCAACAACAACAGCAGCAGCAGCAACAACAGGUUGCUCAGGCACAACAGUCUCAGCUUCCACCACAAUCCCAGCCUCAACCCCAGCCCAUGGUGUCUCAGCCACAGGCAAUCUCAGGACAGAUUCCUAGUCAGGUUAUGCCUGUUACUCUAACGCCACAGCAAUUAAAAGCAAUGCAGGUAAGAGCUCAGCUGGUCCAGCAGCAGCAGGCAGCAGCAGCAGUGCAAGCAGCUCAGGCACAAGCUGCUCAGAUGGGAGCUUCAGGGCAGAUGAUCACCGCACCUAUGGCCCGAGGUGGGAUGCAAAUAAGACCACGGUUCCCGCCUACCACCGCUGUGUCUGCUACACCGCCAAGCUCCAUUCCUUUGGGCGGACAGCAAAUGCCACAGGUCAGCCAGAACAAUAUUACCAUGAUGUCAUCCCCAUCUCCUGUCCAACAAGCUCAAACCCCCCAGUCAAUGCCUCCUCCACCACAGCCACAGCCAUCCCCUCAGCCAGGCCAGCCAACUUCUCAGCCAAAUUCAAAUGUCAGCUCUGGCCCAGCUCCAUCACCCAGCAGCUUUCUCCCCAGUCCAUCUCCACAGCCAUCGCAGAGCCCAGCAGCUGCACGAACACCUCAGAACUUUAGUGUCCCAUCCCCAGGUCCUUUAAACACUCCAGGAAAUCCAAAUUCUGUCAUGAGUCCAGCCAGUUCUAGCCAGUCAGAGGAGCAACAGUAUCUGGAAAAACUCAAACAGCUAUCAAAAUACAUUGAGCCACUCCGGAGGAUGAUCAAUAAAAUAGAUAAAAAUGAAGAUAGGAAGAAAGACCUGAGUAAAAUGAAGAGUCUGCUGGAUAUCCUGACUGACCCUUCAAAACGGUGCCCUCUGAAGACACUGCAGAAAUGUGAAAUUGCUCUGGAGAAGCUGAAAAAUGAUAUGGCUGUGCCUACUCCACCACCUCCCGCAGUGCCCCCCACCAAACAGCAGUACUUGUGUCAGCCACUUCUGGAUGCUGUUUUGGCCAACAUCCGUUCACCAGUCUUCAACCAUUCGCUUUACCGUACAUUUAUGCCAGCUAUGACUGCAAUUCAUGGGCCACCCAUCACGGCUCCAGUUGCUUCCCCUCGAAAACGGAAAUAUGAAGAGGAUGAGAGACAAACCAUACCAAAUGUCUUACAAGGGGAAGUUGCAAGAUUAAAUCCUAAAUUCCUGGUGAACCUGGACCCUUCCCACUGCAGUAAUAACGGCACAGUGCAUCUUAUAUGUAAGCUAGAUGACAAGAAUCUCCCAAAUGUACCACCACUGCAGCUCAGUGUUCCAGCGGACUAUCCAGAUCAGAGCCCUCUGUGGAUAAAAAACCCCAGACAGUAUGCAGCCAAUCCCUUUUUGCAGUCCGUGUAUCGGUACAUGACUUCCAAACUAUUGCAACUUCCAGACAAGCAUUCGGUCACGGCACUCCUAAACACCUGGGCACAAAGUAUUCGUCAGGCCUGCCUCUCUGCUGCAUAACAUCUCAUUUCCUAAACCGUGAAGCAAGAAAGAAGGUCUCAACAGCUGGUCUCUUCCACAUGCAGCUGGAAAAUCGCAUUUUGGUGAGGGUACUUCAGAAGAAAGAAACCUUAUGUUGUUUUGUUUCUAGACAUCAGGUUCAGUAGAGAACCUGAUGUUAGACUUGGUUUUCAUGCUUUUUAUCCUCUGCCUCUGUGGACUUUUGCCAGCAUUUUCAAAUAUACAAAAUGUGUAUAUAUGGUUCUUGAGACUGUAUUAGGAUGAGUUUUUAUUGUCUUCUUAGAGAAGAAAUUAUUUGUGGACUUCCAUCAGGGAGUCUGGUAUAAGAGGGAGUAGGGAGAAAAUGUCCUAAUUUGCUUCAGAGUAUGCUCAGUGCCAGUAUUUGUUUCACACUGUGUGUUUUGUGACCUGAUACUGCCCCAGAAAUAAAUUAGCUGCAACUAGAAUGCGGUUGCAAACUUGUCCGUGAUUGCAGGAAUCUUUUUGCCUAUUAGUUUUGCCCAGAGGUGGGAUGAAUUACAGCUUUUUAAGGCAUCCCUCAAGUACUUGAAAGAGAUCUGGAUAAUUAUACAUGGGGGUGGGGAACAAAAUGGGGGGGGGGGGGGAGUAUUUAUAGGUUAUUUAAACACUACUCUGUUUAAAUGGUUGGGUUUUUGUUAGCAUGAACCACGUUUCUCAUCACCUCACUUCUGGAAUGAGAAAAAAAGAGAUACCAAUGACACACUGACUUCCUCUAUAAACUCAGUAAAUGUGUAUGUAAAGGUGUGGGGGAACAAGCCCAACAGUAUAAAGCACCUAGUAACACAAAUCAAUCCAGCAGGUUUGUAGCUACAUUUGUUUUACUAGGCGUCUCUCUGAGGUGUCUGGCUUGCUUUGGAAGUUGAUGCAGUUCAGUGAAAAUGCUCCUGUACUUCAUCAGUUUGUUUAAAAAGAAAAGUUAAAACCAACAUAGCUCGGAAGUAGAACUGACAACCAAGAUUUUGUGCCUUGAGCAAUGAUGGGCACUCAAAUUGGUCAUCAGCUGCCUUAUCAUUGGGCACUGCUAAUGGAAACAUUUGCCAUGAGUAACUAAUUUCACGCAUAGUGUGAUGGUUUUAUUUUCCCCAUGCUUAUAAGUUGGUCACUCUUAAUUUCCUGGUGCAGAACAAUUUCAAAUUUCAGAUAUUCCCAUUGCAUCCUCCUCCAUUUCCCUGUAUUGUGCAGCAAACCUUAAAGAGUAGCUGAGCUCUCUUCCAGUAGCGUCAAGGAAUUGCUAUGACCUUUGUAAAUCUGUGUGGUGUCAUCAGUUUUAGGAUGUUUUUAACUGUGGGUACUUAGUAAGCACUGACUGAGGCAGCAGAAUGCUAUCAGUAUUUUGUACAUGAACUAAUGCAUUAUCUGUUUGUUUCAAUUGUAAUAAAUUUAUUAUUAUUCCUGUGUUGGAUGCUAACAUUA